AAGGUAAAAGACAUUUAUAAUGUGACAUUUUUUUUGUUUCCCGAACUGUCCAACCGUGUCUUGAACCCCUAUAAAAGUGUCAUGAGGACAACGAUGUGUCAGAUCUUGCCAAUCUCAAAGAUAUAUAGGUAAGCAUGAAGACCCUUCUUGUUCUCGCAUUCUUAAUCGCAGCAUGUGCUGCCACCUACUGGAAAACUCCAUGCUGGGGUAAACAUUGCAGAUAUGGAGGAGGGUACGGGUAUGGAGGAGGGUACGGAUAUGGAGGAGGGUACGGAUAUGGAGGAGGGUACGGCGGUGGCUACGGAGGAUACCUAGGAGGUUACGGAGGUGGUUACGGAGGUGGCUACGGAGGUGGCUACGGAGGUUAUGGCCGUGGAUACGGAUGGAAAUAUCCUCCACCAUGCUGGGGUAAAAGGUGCGGAUAUGGUUAUGGAGGCGGAUAUGGAUACGGUGGUGGUUACGGCUAUGGAGGUGGAUAUGGCGGUUAUGGCGGUGGCUACGGAUGGGGAUAUCCCGGCGGAUAUGGCGGUUAUGGUGGCGGAUAUGGAGGAUAUGGAUGGGGACGCCCAUAUGGAUACAGAUAUGGUGGUUAUUACGGAAAGAAAUACUAAGCACUGAUAAAGAUGUGGCUUUCUUGGAUAUUUUCGACUGGACCGACCUGACAGAUACUCAACUUUUUUUUUUCCUUUUUUUUCUUUUAACAAAUGUAUGUAAUUCUUUAAUAAACUUUUCAUGCAUUCAAAACA